CAGUCUCUUCCUGUACUACCCCCGAACCUCAGCUUCAUACUCCGUUGAGACUCUCUUUCCUCUGUUAAACUUUGAACUAUUCCAAGUUCAAACUCCACAGCCCUCUGCUCUGAUCACCAACCCUAGUGUUUCAUAUCUUUCAGUUCAUUUAUUUUUAUUCAUGAAUUACCAAUUUUAGAAACACAGCCACACAAUUCAGUUAUUUCAAUUUUGUUAAUUUUCAAAAUUUUCUUCGAGAAUUAUAAGUAAUUAGUUGAACUUUUUCGUUGAUUUUUGUCGAAAUUCGGAUAUGAGUCUUUGAUCAAUGGUGAUCGUCACUGCACGAAGCCCAAGAUUGGUAAUGUAGGCUUUGAUCUAUUUCUCCGUUAACUUUGAGUUUAGGCUUGUUUUGGACCGGAAACAAUGUCGCAGAGCAAUUGGGAAGCGGAUAAAAUGCUUGAUGUUUAUAUAUAUGAUUACUUGGUGAAGAAAAAAUUGCAUGCCACGGCAAAAUCCUUCAUGACUGAAGGGAAGGUUGCAGCGGACCCUGUAGCAAUUGAUGCUCCUGGGGGGUUUCUUUUUGAAUGGUGGUCUGUUUUCUGGGACAUUUUUAUUGCUAGGACAAACGAGAAACAUUCUGAGACAGCUGCAGCUUACAUUGAGGCACAGCAUAAUAAAGCAAAAGAGCAACAGCAACUGCAAAUGCAGCAGUUUCAACUAAUCCGUCAAGCUCAGUUGCAACGAAGGGAUCCUAAUCAUCCUUCUGUUGGUGGUCCCGUGAAUUCCGUCAAUUCUGAAGGCAUGCUCGGGCAGUCUACUGCUAGUGCAUUGGCAGCCAAAAUGUACGAGGAACGCAUGAAGCGUAGUAAUUCAAUGGAUUCAGAAACAUCCCAACCACUUCUUGAUGCUAGGAUGGCCCUUCUGAAAUCAACAGCUAAUCAUCCUGGUCAGUUGGUCCAAGGAAACUCUGGAAGUGUGUCUGCAGCGUUGCAGCAAAUCCAGGCACGGACUCAACAGACCACUGAUAUCAAAGGCGAAGUUAACAUGUCUGCUAACCAGAGAUCCUUGCCCAUGGAUCCUUCUCCAAUGUAUGCGCAGGGAAUCAUGCAGUCAAAACCUGGAAUGGGAAAUGCAGGAUUGAACCCUGGAGUUGGUGGUCUUCCAUUGAAGGGGUGGCCCUUAACAGGCAUUGACCAAAUUCGACCAGGUUUAGGUGCACAAGCUCAAAAGCCCUUCCUUCAGAAUGCAAAUCAGUUUCAACUUUUGCCUCAGCAACAACUCUUAGCACAGGUGCAAGCACAAGGCAAUCUUGGUAGUUCACCUAUGUAUGGAGAAACAGAUCCUCAAAGAUUUAGAGGAUUAUCUAGGGGCACUUUGAAUGCAAAAGAUGGUCAACCAAUUGCAAAUGAUGGAUCCAUAGGUUCUCCAAUGCAAUCAACUUCUUUGAAGAUAAACAUGCAGAUGCAACAAUGUUCUUCUCAACAACAACAGGAUCCUCUGCAUCCACAGCAAGUGCAACAGAAUAAUCGAAAAAGGAAAGGGCCUUCAUCUUCUGGAGCUGCUAACAGUACUGGCACAGGAAAUACCAUUGGUCCUUCACCAAACUCUCAGCCAUCAACUCCUUCUACUCAUACUCCUGGUGAUGGACUUGCUAUGGCAAGUAAUCUGCAGAAUGUUGGGAGCAUCUCAAAAGGUUUAAUGAUGUAUGGUACAGAUGGAGCAGGUGGUCUUGCAUCAUCCACAAACCAGCUGGAAGACAUGGAACAUUUUGGAGAUGUUGGCUCUUUAGAAGAUAAUGUUGAAUCUUUUCUGUCAAAUGAUGAUGGAGAUGGAAGGGAUUUGUUUGGUGCAUUGAAACGGAAUCCUUCUGAACAUGCUGCAGAAACUUCAAAAGGUUUUUCCUUCAGUGAAGUUAGUUCCAUUCGUAAAAGCAAUAGCAAAGUUGUCUCUUGUCAUUUCUCUUCAGAUGGCAAGUUAUUGGCCAGUGCUGGGCAUGACAAGAAGGUUGUUCUUUGGAACAUGGAGACUCUACAUACUGAGAGCACACCGGAGGAGCACACUCUGAUAAUUACUGAUGUUCGCUUCAGACCAAAUUCAACUCAGCUGGCAACAUCUUCAUUUGAUACAUCUGUGCGAAUCUGGGAUGCUGCAAAACCAAGCUAUAACAGCUUACAAACAUAUACAGGGCACACCUCAAAUGUAAUUUCCCUCGAUUUCCACCCUAAGAAGAAUGAAGUUUUCUGCUCUUGUGAUGCUAACAGUGAGAUUCGUUACUGGAGUAUUAAUCAGUAUUCUUGCACCCGUGUUUCCAAGGGAGGUUCAGCACAGGUGAGAUUUCAGCCCAGAAUUGGAUUACUUUUGGCUGCAGCAGCAGAGAAUAUUGUGUCCAUCUUUGAUGUUGAGACUGAUAGGCAGACACUCUCAUUACUGGGGCACUCAUCACAAGUGCACUCUGUUUGUUGGGACACGAGUGGAGAUUAUUUGGCAUCUGUCAGUCAAGAGUCUGUCAGAGUGUGGUCAGUAGCCACCGGAGAGUGUACUCACGAGCUCAGUUCCAGUGGAAACACCUUCCAUUCUUGUGUUUUCCAUCCAAGCUACUCCUCUCUCUUGGUCAUUGGAGGCUACCAGUCUUUGGAGCUUUGGAACAUGGCGGUGAAUAAGUGUAUGACAAUUCCCGCUCAUGAGUGUGUGAUAUCAGCUUUGGCACAGUCACCAGUAUCAGGGAUGGUUGCUUCUGCCAGUCAUGACAAAUCUGUUAAGAUUUGGAAAUAAGUCUGAAUUGGAAAGGAAAGAAAAGCAAAGAAAAAUCCACACUUUUUUUUUUUUUUUUUUCCCCUCUUUUUGAGUUUCAGUUUCAUUAGUUACGUUUCUUUAUGUAAUAAAGGGAAUGUAAUUUUCCAUUGGUGAUUUGGCUGCCAAAAAUCUUGAUCGUAAAAAGUAUGCUGAAUUUGAAAAAAGAGGACAAGUUUCUCCUCCUCCUCUCCUCUCUGAAUCUUUUUUAUUAUUAAUAUUUAAAAGCUCAGAUCUGUUUCUUUCUUUCCCA